AUGUUCCCUUCUACCUCUGCCACGGCCUCCCGUCUCCUCGUCCCCGCCGCCUCUCGCCGCGCCAUGGCCGCUGCCGCCUCCGCCAACCCGCCGCCCCCGCAGCAAUCGCCCCCCAAGGCGGUGCGGGUCGUGGUGAAGGGCCGCGUGCAGGGCGUCUUCUUCCGCGACUGGACGGUGGAGACGGCCCGCGCGCUCGGGCUCGCCGGCUGGGUCCGCAACCGCCACGACGGCACCGUGGAGGCCCUCCUGUCCGGCGAACCCGCCAGGGUCGACGAGAUGGUCUCCCGGUGCCUUCCCGUAGGGCCUCCCGCCGCCGCCGUCACCGCGGUGCUGCCUUCCCCAGCCGAUCCGCUCGACCCUUCCGAGGGCUUCCACCGCAAGCCGACCGCCUGA